AUGGCUGACAGAUUGGUUCCUGUUAUCUCCCUGAGAGACUACGAGUCUCGUAAAGAAGAAAUAACAAAACAACUCGUUGAAGCAGCAGAGUUCGCUGGUUUCUUCACUCUCGUCGACCAUGGCAUUACUGUGGAAGAGAUUGAGGCCGAGUUUGCUAUUUCAAAAAAAUUCUUCGAGCUCCCUUUUGAAGUUAAAGGAAAGACACCACAUGACACAAAGACAAACAAUGGCUGGGAGUACAAGGUACGCUGCGACUAG